AUGAAAUGAUACUCAAAUGUAAAAUUAUAUCUGUGAUAUAAAUUAUAUCUGUGACAUAAAUGAGCAGUAAGAAAUGAGCAUGUAUAUGCUUUCAGGAAUGGGGUUAUUUGUUUACCUCUGCCAGCAGAGAGCGGUUUUCACAUUUCAUCACCAUGGACAGCGACAAUCGCUUUCUACAGGCCAGGAAACCCUUCGCUUGCUAUAUUGUUUCUGCUGUUUAAACCACACGUCUGCUAGACAUAGGUCCAUUUUCAAUUCGUUUUCAAUUAUUUACUUUGACCUUCAGAUAAAGGGCUAUUGCGAUGAUCAUCCUCACUGUCAUUAUUUCACAAUCAUAGCUGUCAAGGGAAAGCAGUCAUUUUGCAUUCCCUCAUGAAUACCAUCUCCAUUUCAUCAUGAAUGCACUGGUGUGUUAACAAGUUUGAAACGCUGACUCCUAUGGCUGAAAGAUGGCUAUGACUUUAACAGCCACUCGGUUUUUAAUUGGUUUAAACGUUGCUGUGCUCUGCCCCAAUAGCAUGCUUAACUGUACAAAAAGAUCUACUCCCUCCCCCAUCAUCAGCAGCGCAGUCCAUACAAUGCAUAGAGCUGGGAGAGACGGAGAUGUGCUCACCCAUUCAUUCACAGUGGAAUUAGAUACCUGGCUAAAAAGGAGAUGUGAUCAAUAACAAUUUCCAUGGAAUAUUUUAUUCUAAACAUGUUUUUCACGCGUUAUUUUUUUCGAGGUACAGCAAUAUGAGGACAUUCCAAUUGAAAGAGAGGUCGCGUCUGAGCGAUCGGAGAGGACAAGUGCUAUGGCUGUUCAGUUGCUUUUUGUCUUGGAAUACAACAGGAGCACAGAUUCGUUACACUGUUCCAGAGGAAUUUAGCGUGGGAUCCGUGGUUGGGAAUAUAGCUAAAGAUCUAAAUUUGGAUGUAGCUGAGAUUUCUGAUCGUAAGUUGAGGAUAGCCUCAGUGGCUGGUAAGCAGUAUUUCAGUGUGAAUUUGGGUAAGGGCGACCUGGUUGUGAGCGAUAGAAUUGACAGAGAUAGUCUGUGCGGACAAAGCAUCAGUUGUCCCUUGCCAUUAGAAGUCAUCGUUGAGAAUCCUCUAAUGCUCCACAGAGUGGAAGUUGAAAUUAAGGAUAUAAAUGACAAUGCUCCACAAUUUCAAUCAACAGAGCGGACGUUGAAAAUCGCAGAAUCUACCGCCCCUGAUAUGCGCUUUUCUUUGGAGAGCGCGCAGGAUCCUGACGUUGGGGACAAUUCUUUAAAAUCUUACACUCUCAGCAAAAACGAACAUUUCAGCUUGAAAGUACAGGAUAUUGGUGAUGGAAGAAAAGUGCCUGCAUUAGUAUUGGUGAACGCACUGGACCGAGAAAAUAAGGCAGCAUACCAACUGUUGUUGACAGCCUUGGAUGGUGGUUCUCCAGCCAGAUCUGGGACCUCGCAGAUAACCGUUGUUGUCCUUGAUAUAAAUGAUAACAACCCCGUAUUCGAAAAAUCGUUAUAUGAAGUGUCUCUAAAGGAAAAUAGUCAACAAGGCACAUCUUUCUUAACGGUUGAGGCAAAGGAUUUGGAUGAUGGCCCAAGUGGUGAGAUUGAAUAUUCUUUCGGUGAUCAUUCUGCACAGUCCAUGACUUUAUUUGACAUCAAUCCAAAAACGGGGGAGAUGUAUUUAAAUGGUAUCCUGGAUUACGAAAACACUCCCUCACAGAGAAUUGAGAUUAUUGCUAAAGAUAAAGGCAUGCCUGAAAUGGAGGGACAGUGCAGCGUCCAGAUUGAUAUCAUAGACGUCAAUGACAACCCUCCCCAAAUUACCCUCACUUCUACACCAAGCCCAGUGCGUGAGGACGCACCCAAGGGGACUGUAGUGGCUUUGAUUAAUGCAUGGGAUCCUGACUCUGCUGCAGUCAGUAUUCCACCAGCUGCAGUCAGUAUUCCACCUGCUGCAGUCAGUAUUCCACCUGCUGCAGUCAGUAUUCCACCUGCUGCAGUCAGUAUUCCAUCAGCUGCAGUCAGUAUUCCACCUGUUGCAGUCAGUAUUCUACCUGCUGCAGUCAGUAUUCCACCUGCUGCAGUCAGUAUUCCACCUGCUGCAGUCAGUAUUCCACCUGCUGCAGUCAGUAUUCCACCUGCUGCAGUCAGUAUUCCACCUGCUGCAGUCAGUAUUCCACCUGCUGCAGUCAGUAUUCCACCAGCUGCAGUGCUGCAGUCAGUAUUCCACCUGCUGCAGUCAGUAUUCCACCUGCUGCAGUCAGUAUUCCACCUGCUGCAGUAUUCCACCUGCUGCUGCCACCUGCUGCAGUCAGUAUUCCACCUGCUGCAGUCAGUAUUCCACCUGCUGCAGUCAGUAUUCCACCUGCUGCAGUCAGUAUUCCACCUGCUGCACUCAGUAUUCCACCUGCUGCAGUCAGUAUUCCACCUGCUGCAGUCAGUAUUCCACCUGCUGCAGUCAGUAUUCCACCUGCUGCAGUCAGUAUUCCACCUGCUGCAGUCAGUAUUCCACGUGCUGCAGUCAGUAUUCCACCAGCUGCAGUCAGUAUUCCACCUGCUGCAGUCAGUAUUCCACCUGCUGCAGUCAGUAUUCCACCAGCGGCAGUCAGUAUUCCACCUGCUGCACUCAGUAUUCCACCUGCUGCAGUCAGUAUUCCACCAGCGGCAGUCAGUAUUCCACCUGCUGCACUCAGUAUUCCACCUGCUUCCUAUGGCUGUUCAUACCCCCUCUGAGGAGCACUAUGCCCUGGUUACAGAUGGCCCUUUGGACCGAGAGGCUGUGACUGAAUACACCAUCACAGUGACAGCCACAGACUCCGGCUCCCCCCUCGCACAACAGUCCAUUGUGGUCGCUCUUCCAUGUGUAAAUGACAAUGCCCCCCUCUUCUCCCAGUCCCCCUACUCUGUUGACAUAGCGGAGAACAAUGCCCAUGGUGCUCUCAUCCUGACUGGGACUCCAUUCGACCAGGACCAUGCCCAGAAUGCCCACCUCUCCUUCUCCAUCCUGGAUCUUGAGGUGGAAGGCUCGGCCUUGUCCUCUUUGGUCUACAUAAACUCUGAGAACGGCGACCUGCAUGCCAUUCGUGCCCUCGACCAUGAGCAGGUGAAUGUGUUCUAG